GCAAAUUAUCGUGAAUUAGAACAUUCAAAAGAAAGAAUUAAAGAAGAAUACGAGAAAAUGUUGGAAGAAUCUCGUUUACGUGAAAGUACUUUAAGAACCAUGAAUAAGACUUUGCAAGAAGAAGUCAGAAAACUUCAUAAAAUAGUAGAUCGAAACGCACCAAAUUCACCACAAUCUCCUGGCUAUUCACGAAAUCCUUCAACUUCCACAUCAUCGUUUAAUAAUAGUUUAAUGGAUGAUGAUACGAAAAUACUUUACAUUAGAGAUGUGAUAUUAAAAUUCUUGGAAUAUAAGGAUCGUAGAAAAUCUUUACUUCCAGUUUUAACAACUGUACUUCAAAUGUCCGAUCAAGAAAAGAGAAAACUUGAAUCAAUGUAUG